UUACGCAAUGCUUCUUCCAUUUCUCUCUUCCUCUCUCCUUCUCCGUCUAUCUUCUCCGAUCAUGUCCCCUGAUCCCUUCUCCUUCCUAGCAUCUUCCCCUAAUUAAUACAACCAAACUUAUCAUUGUUAUAUAUUCUCAGAGAAUUCAGAUCGAUUUUAUUAGUGAUAGAAUAAACUGUAGGAAGAGAUACAUGGAGAGUUCGUUAGGUUUUAUGGCGGUUUUCGCAGUCUCAGGAAGCGUGGUGUUCCUCGCGAGUCAAUUCCACAAACGUCUCCUCUCCGAUUACUUGGACAAGUUCGAACUUGAAAUCCGAUCGCAGGACAAUCUGGUGAUGAAGAAGAAGGUGAGAUUCGCGGCGGAUGUGGUGGAGCCGUCCGGGAAUAACAAAGAGUAUCGCCGGAGACACUCCUCCAAGGCUAAAUUCAAUAGGGAAUUGAAGAUGGCGGCAAUUGUUUGAAGUUUUUGUACAAAAGGAGCCAAGUACCAACUAUGUAAACUAUUCAUUGGGUUUUGUGUAUUUUUAAUAAAAAAAAAUUUCAGAAAUUUUUUCUUAUCUGAUAAAUCUGUUUUGCAAUAUCCUUUAGGUCUUCCCAUGUUUAAUCCUUCCCUAGUAAUAUUAUCCCAUUCUUCACUUUUAGGUAGGUUUUACCUGUACAAAUAUUUUGUUUGUGGUAAAUACAAGUGUGAUGAUUGCUAAGUAGUAAUUUUUUUUUGGUCCUGUGGCAUAAAAUAGGGCUUUUUAUAUCAUAUGAUAGGGGUGGGCACUUUACCCGAUACCCGAAGUGGCACCCGAACCCGACCCGAAAAACCCGAACCGAAAUCCGAACCGAAGUAGCAAAAUACCCGAACGGGUAUUGAAUUAUGAGAGAUUGGAUAUCCGAACCCGAACGGGUAAUACCCGAACCCGAAUGGAUAUCCGAAAAUAACCGAACUUAUGUACUAUUAACCAUAUAUUCAUAGUUUACUUCUCUAA